GUUCCUGGUGUUUCAGCGGGCUUCUGGCUGAUCUGGGGCCUGAUCGUGCUGCUCUGCUGCUUCUGCAGCUCCGUCCAGCGGCGGCUCAAGCGCCAGCGUCGUGAGCAGCUCCGCGAGCAGUGUCUUCGCCCGCUGGAGACCGAGCCGCUGGACUUCGCCGGACCGGCGCUGCCGCCGCACCUGGAGCCACCGCGCUUCUACUCGGCGCACGUGCUGCCCGUCGGCUACGCCACGCCACGCCCCGUAACCCUGCCCUCCGACUACGCCACGCCACGCCCGCUAAACCUGCCCUCCGACUACUCCCCGCCACGUCCGCUAAACCUGCCCAUCACACACAGAGGACAUCACAUCACCGGCCCACAAGUUCCAGUGGACAGUGACCCCUGUGGACAGCCGCCGUGUUACGAGGAGGCCGUUCUGAUGGAAGACCCUCCGCCUCCUUACAACGAAGUCCUGGCCGAACCUCCGCGUGAGCCUCCCCCGAUCCUGCGCGCCCCCCGAGACAGCAGCAGCAGCAGUGGCGGCAGCAUGGUCGGCGGGACACUGAAAGCCCCGCCACACGCCCCCAGAGUCCCCCAGGAGCCGGACAUCAGCAAGGCCAACCCCGAGUCCGUGGGCCUGGUGCUGCCGCUGUCGCUCCGCGGUCAGCACGGCUGCUCCACGCUCAUCAGGCUGCCCGCCGCGCCGCGCCGAUGGGACUCGCUGGGCCGUCUGCCCGCUGGGCUGGGUCUGGAGCGCCGCAGCUUCCCCCUGGAGCCCCGGGUGUCCUUCAUCGCCACCAUGCCGCGCGACGGCCGGACGCUCGGCCUCGGACACGGCAGCGGGGGCGGGGGCCCGGGGCUCGGCCUGCAGCUGCUCAGGGAGCUAGAGGAGGACUGCGGCCUGCCCACCGCCCACCCCCUGCUGGGACGCAGCACGGCGGUCUGAGGACCCCCCGCCCGCCCGGGAGCGUGUGUGUGUGUGUGUGUGUGUGUGUGUGUGUGUGUGUGUGAGGAGGGGUGAAUGGGUUGGUCAGUGACGUGUGGUCAUCUCACCUCAUCUCCUGCUUCUGCAGAGAAGCUGGUGCUCUUCUGUGUUUCAGGUUCGGCUUUUUUGGAAAAUUAAGAGAUUAUUUUUGUUUGUGUUGCUCACGGCUCAAAUGAUUAAGGAGGGCUGCAGUGGAUAAUGCUGACAGGGGGAGAACAUUUGUGCAGCACGUCUCCCUCCCUCCCUCUCUCUCUCUCUCUCUCUCUCUCUCUCUCUUAUUCUGUCUCUGUAGCCCAUCCACUGGAAUUGGAGAGCUGCGGAUCUGGAACUAUAAUGUGAAUCGCUGUUGCCAUGACGUCCGUUUCUGUUGUAUUUGUAUUUUAAUCGAUCUUGGUCAACAACAGGAGAGCAGAUGACUUUAGAUGGGCUUUGGAAUAAAGAAUGAGCCGAAGACCAUAGCAACAACUUUUUGUAUUCUUCCGCAAACCUAUUUUCACUGAACAACAUUUAUUUUUGACAAUUAGCAAUCCCUAAUUGAAACAAGACUGGACACCUACUUGAGAAAUGAGAAAUUUUGAACUGUGGUGCAUAGUUGAGAAGAAUCCCUUGGUCUUAUUGCUUGUUUUGAUGAUUUAAUUUCCUGUGUAAUGUGGGUUGCUGUAGCUGUAGCUAAGUGAAAGUUACCCACUUGUCUGUCUCCUGAUAGUGCCACAGUUGGUAGACUUUGAGUUUUAAACUGCUUGUUUACAGAAGCAAAUGAUUGUUGGGCUUUGUGGAACUCUACUCUGGAGUCAUGUUUAUCCUUUUUUUUUUUUAUUCCUCAUCGUUUGAAAGCGCAAGGACCGAUACAGGAGUCUUCCGUGACGCUCCUCGUUGCUAGUCGUCGUGCGUAACGUAGCCAUGUCACGUCACAUCACAGCAGCUGGUUGUGUUUGCCUGGAGCGGCUCAUGGCCUUGAAAUAGAGUGAUUUCUAUCAAAGGACUCCAUUCGCUUCUGUGUUGCCUUCUUAUGUCGCUGGGUUUUUUGUUUUUGACCCACGUUGUUCGGAGGAACCGAGGUAACCCCUGCCACUUCCCCGCACCCACAGGCUGUCGUCAUCUCAAAACAUCUUGACAUGCGUAACGCUGCGCUCUGCUUCCUGCUUUUUCUGUGGCUUUCAGACUGGAUGAUCUCCACUUGUGAAUAGGACGGCCACACCAUACACCAGGAAAAGCAAUUAGCGAGCGCGGCAUUAGCAUAAAACCACCAGUUCAUACCGCCUAGCCAAACGCUUAUAGUCUCUCAGACCAAUUAACUCUGCCUAUUUAGCAGCUGGAGAGAAAAACAACACUAGAAAUGCAUAAACAUGAGCCAUCAGAUCGUUUUAAGAUGAACGGUGUUAUUUUGUGAUAGAUAGCCUACAGUACAACUUACUAUGACUAACGACUUACCGUGAAUUAACCAUUGAAUUCCACAUGCAGAACAGUGUUAGUGCACUCUUACUGCAAACAUGGCUGAUUUAUUAGGAUGGUUUUUAGAUCUGAGGUCAACAGAAUGGUCAACGAAAUGAGAGAAAAUAAGUUCUCUUAUUUAAUGUUCCCCUACAACAAAAAAUGUUGUGAAAAGCUAUCAAGCUAUUUCAGGCUUGAGCCUUGUCCCAUUGAAAGCCUGUUUUCAGUUCUGUUUACUUCACUAAAACUGGUAGAAAUGAUGACAAUGGUGGAAAAAAAUCUACAAACUCCACUACGAACUCACUACUACGUGUCUUAGAGUUAUAGAAGGCCUUUAAGCACGUCCCUUUCCAUUUCAGCGUAUGACGAGGCAAAGAACGUGGUGUUAACUGAAUGUCUCUUUUUUUAUGCUAGCAUUCACACCCUUCUGGAACAUAGGUCUGACUUCUACUUCAUUAGACAAAUUUUAUUGUCAAUAAACAAGCCAGACCCUUUUUGAGGUGAGGACAAUUGUACACAGCUUGUGUAUGGUUUUGUGAAUUAAGCUAGGUUAGCUGCCAGUGUGUUCAACUAAAAUGAGACCUAUUUUUUCAGACUUUGUAGGUGGCAACUUACAGUAUAGAGUAAUCGUAAGCACCUUAAUGCUAACCCAACAAGAUGAUAUUUUUUAUAACGGAAACAGUUGAAUCGAGACAAUCAGUCAAAGGCUGUCACUUAUUGUGUGGUUCAUCAAAUUUGAAGUCAGUUUAAGAGGAUGAGAGGUAUCUUCAGAAUUGUUUUAGCCGCAGAUGAAUGUCUGUUUAAUAUGCGAGGGGUGUUGUUGAUGAAAAACAGAAUUAAAAACCCUCAACACA